AUGUCAAGAGUAUGGCUCCUGGAUUUGAUAGGAGCCAUUUUAAUGCUUUCCGUUGGCGGUAUUUCAGUAGCUCUCAUUACAAUCGACCGGACUUCAGUGGCCGUACUAUCCAUACUUACGGCAUUUUGCUGGCUCUAUGGUGUUUUAUCACUGAUAGAUAUACUGCAUCGCACAAUCACAGCACCGAUAAGUCAUAAAAUCAGCGGUGUUCUAUAUCAUGCGAUGCUUCUUCUGAAGAUUAGUCUUUUCCUCGGGUCUCAAGCGCUGGAAAUUUACUGGCUGGAUCACUUGAUUCUGGAAAUGGACAUCCAGCAUAUAAGCGGCACAAACAAAAGGUUGCAAGCCUCUUUAGCCUCUGUAGUUAUCCUAUCUGCUAUUUUCUGUUCUCCAGGAGUCUAUGCAAAUGCAACUUACAUGUGUGGAAAAUCCGGAAUGCAGGAUCGAAUACCGAAUUUGGACAUCAAGAAAGCAGGUAAAGGACCUGAUGUGAAUAGUAAGCAGUUGAGAUUCGAAUCGGACAGUACUGCAGCAGCUGGAUCUGCUUUCGGGUCGUCUAUCAACAGCAGCCUGGGACAAACAGUUAAGAUUAAGGACUCGAUACAAACUCUAGCGCCGGAUCAGGCCACCAAGUGUGAGAUUGAACAAACAAAGAAGGCUGCCGAAAACAUGUUUUGGACAGCAAAGCCAGAUGUAGCCCCAGAUGCAAUAGUACACCGAGCAAAGCCCACUGAACAGACAGACAGUUGGGAUAGCGGCAAUUCGGAUUUGGCUAAGGAAAAGCUAGCGGUUGAAAAGCACUGUGAUAUUUCGAAGAAAGCCAAAAAAGUGGAAGUUUCCAUUCCAUCUCUUGAAACUACUGAGUAUGAGGAUUUGAGCAAACCUGUUUACCGGUUCCCAGAACCUAUAUCGGAGGAAUAUGGUGAGAACAGGGGGGCAAAGUUUACUUUUCCUCCAACGCAGGAAAAUGCAUACAUGCAGGCCUAUGAGGAAGCUUCCAUGGGCAGCCUUGAUAAUCUCAGCGAUAUUCCAGAACAUUCGACUGACAGAUGGCCACUUUUCUCCACGGGCUCCGGGUUGUCUGCCGAGAACGGUGUGGCGGGUUCACUAAACAAAAAUGUAAAGAUGAAUCACGUGAGUCCAGAGUCAUGGAAGCUGAAUUCUGAUCACUGGCAGCGGAAUAGAGAGCGGGUUGGAUUCAACAAUGGUAUUAUCACAUCCACCAAAAGAAUUGACCAGGGAUGGUGGGAAAACGAUGAGGGAAAUGCUCAUGAUGCGAUAAGCGAGCAAGAACAAGCGAAAGUAGAUAUCACCGCCAGUAAGAACAGAGCAAGCAAUCUUGAUAUGCCAGAUUUAAGCCCCCCACCGUUGGAUACAAGGCUCCGGAAAAGCGCCUCGUUAAGUCCCGAGAAAUUGAUUCCGGGCUCUCCAAGGCAUCAUUCUUCAAAGUUGAGUCUUCCAGACACCAGUUUCACUAACAGCGGUCUUGCAUCCAAGGACUCGCGAUUAUCACUAAGAAUUGGGGGAGUGCUUCGCAAUAGCAGAAGCAUACCUAUGCUAAGAACAUCGUUCACUCACAGCCGGUCACAUUCUGUGCUUGGAAUCUUUUCCAGAUCAACACCAUCGUCUCCGAAAAGGAGUUCACCCUCGAAAUCUGUUCUUACGAGUCCAAUCAAGGGGAUUAGAGGUAUCCGAUUUGGCAGCAGGGAGAACAUAAAGCACCAAAGAUACACUCCAAGACACUGUGGACACUCGCAGUCCGUUCCCGAGCUCAAUUUCGAGUUUAUCCAGUCUCUUCAAAGCUCUCCAACCCAUAAAAAAUCACUUUCUUCCGUUAAGGGCCACAGACGUGCAACAUCGUCUCUAACGUACAAAAGCUCGCCGAAAAGGAGAGCACUUCACAGGAAAGAUAACAGCAGAUUAAUGCUUGUUGAAGCCCAUAAUGAAACCAGCUUAGUCGUGCAAGGAAGUGAUGCUUCGUCUGCAAACAGCGACUUGAGCACAUCUGAUUCAUUGGAGGAAGAAAGUUUGAAUUCUGUACCAUCCAUGCUUAUAGGCCAAUAUGACCGCGAAAAAUGGAGGGUCAUUCGCCGUAAGCAGCUAUCUGAGGUAGCACUAUAA